AUGUGCUCCUUAAAGCUCUUUAUAUUUUUAAUGACUUUUCAUACUAUAUUAUCUUUAAAAGAUCCUUAUGCAACGUUGGGUGUUCCCCGAUCAGCUUCAAUUACAGAAAUUAAGCAAGCCUAUAAACGACUGGCUAGAGAGUGGCAUCCUGAUAAAAAUAAAGAUCCUGAUGCUGAAACAAAAUUCAUUGAAAUUAAUAAAGCUUAUGAACUUUUGACUGACCCAGAACGCAAAAGACUUUUUGAUCGAUCUGGUGUUACAGAAGAUACACCAAAUUUUCGCCAUUACCCUGAUUAUUCUCAAUUUAGACGUUUUGAAGGUGAUCCAUUUGAACAUCUGUUCAGUCAAGGUGGAUUUAAUUUCCAGUACAAAUUUUCUCAAGGAUCUUUUUACCAUAGACAAACUAUUACAGCUAAAGCUUUUGAAAAUCAUAUAAUACCGAAUAGUAAUUUUCAGCCAUAUCUAGUCUUAUUCUAUGGAGAACUUUGUUUUGCUUGUAUUAAUGCUGAACCAAUAUGGAGAAAACUGAUACAAGAACUUGAGCCUCUAGGUGUGGGUUUUGCAGCUAUACAUGCACAACAAGAACCUUCUUUAACUCAUAAAAUAGGUGUAAGUUCUCUUCCUUAUUUGAUUGGAGUCAUAGAUGGUAGAGCAGUCCAUUACAAAGAUCAUCAGCUGAGCUUUAUAAAAGUUGUUGACUUUUGUAGGAGAAUUAUCCCAUCUAGAACUGUAGUCUCUCUAUCAGAUUACAGUGCUGAUGAUUUUCUACAAGGAUGGCAUGACAAUCGUGUGAGAGUUUUAAUUUUUAGCAAAGCAGAAUCUAUCCGUCUGCGCUAUUUGCUUGUAGCCUAUCGAUUUCGAAACAAUGCAGCUAUUGGUCAUAUACGUUUGGGCAGUUCUGAUACUGAAGUUAUUUGUAAAAAAUAUAAUGUGCAGCCAAAAAUGGAGUCUUUGCUUAUUUUUAAUGAAGAUUCUACUAAACCUAUUGCCACUUUGAGUAUGACAGAAUUAUCUCCUCAGACUAUGAUAGAUGUAAUUGAAGCAAAUAAAUUUUUGCUUCUGCCUAGAUUAUCAUCUCAAAAUUUAUUUGACCAGUUAUGUCCCACAGAAGCCAAGCGAUCAAGAAAGUAUCUUUGUGUUAUACUCAUCACAAAGAACGUUAAAGAGCAUGAUCCAUAUCGAGCUCUUAUGCGUGAAUUUAUUCAACAUGUAGAUCUGCCCAAUGAUCGGGUAAGAUUUAUGUUUCUUUUUGAAGAAAAACAAAAAGAAUUUGUUAAAGCGUUAACAUCUGGGAUGGGAGCACCAGAAGAUCCUAUUCUCCAUGUAGUUUUAAUCUGGAGAAAAGAACAUGAUCGAGUUAAAUACCAAUGGUUGGAUCAUAAAUGGGAUAUUAGUGAUGAUAUUGUAAAUGUAACCAAAGAGGAGCUCAAUGCAGCUGUUAAACACCUCAUGCAGAGUACAGAGACUUUGCCUUAUGAUGCUCGUGUUUCAAUUCUGGCUGAUGAACAUGCUUUAGGUUUGUUUUCAAGAGUUCUCAAUCGCAUGAUUCUCAUGGGAGAUGUCAUAUGGGACAACCUUACGCGUCAAGAAAUAUUACCUGCUAUCUCUGUUGUACUUUCUAUAGGGUUCAUAAUUUUAGUAGGAUACAUAAUGUCUUAUUUGGUUCAAUUAGAAGAACAAAGCAUUCAGCAGAAAUACCAGAGAGAGGGCAAACAAGUACCAGGAAUGCCUAACAAGAGUAAACCUGAAUAUCAUUUACACAUUCAUGAGCUUCGAGGCGAAACUUAUAAUGGUCUUGUUAGACUUCUUAAACCUGGAUGCCGAACAUUGGUGCUUUUGGUGGAUAAUGAAUCAAAGAUGAAGCUACUGCCAAUAUAUUAUAAAAUUGUUUAUCCGUAUAGGAAAAAUAAAACAUUAAUGUUUGCUUUUCUUAUGGUGGAGAAGAAUUUGGAAUGGUAUCGUCACUUAUUGCUACAAACUCUUGGAGAGCAAAGAGAAUUAAACAUAAACCCUAAAAACUGUAUUGGUACUGUUCUGUCUUUAAAUGGACAUCGAAAGUAUUUUUGUGUUUACCAUGCCAAACAUGCUGAACCAAAUUCACGCAGACGAGAGGCUAAGGUUAAAAAGGGGGAAGGUUCUGUUGGCGAAUUCAUCGGAUUUGAUGAAAGUAAUAGCGAUUCAGAGAAUAGUGAUGUUGAAGCUGCAAAACUCAGCAAGAAUGAUUGUGACAUUUAUGGAAGCAUUCUUUUUGAAGAACAUUUAUUGGAUGGUCUCCCAAAUUGGUUAGACCGACUAUUUGAAGGAUCCACUCGAAGAUAUUAUAUUCAGUAUUGGCCAGAUAAUAUGAAAUGAACUUGUUCAAUAUAGAUCUGAAAUUUAUUUAUUUUAUCUUUGUAUUUUCCAUUUAAACUCAUCACCACAUGUGGUUAUUCUAGUCUUGAACUCAUUUUGCAGUUUUGUAUUGGACUUCAUUGGGUCAGAUCAAAUAUAGGAUUUUUCUUUUUUAUUUGUAAUUUUUGGAAAGAAAAUAAUAUUUUUAAAAGAGGAUUUUAGUUUAGAGAUGGGCAUCUUAGAAAAAGGCCACUCCUCCUGUUUUAAUUCCUUGUGGAUUUUCUAAAUUUAGAAUACGUUUUCUUAGGUUUAUUUUAAAAUAAAAUCAUGUGAUUCCUUUCAGUUGCCAAAUCAAUUGAAUGAAAUCAAAUUUUGUCGCUUCUAAAUAUUUGAAUAACAUAUUUUAAAACUAAAACAAAAGUUGAAAUGGGGAAAUUAAUCAUAAAUGAAAAAUUAUAUUAAACUUUUUUUCCAUCUAUGUAUAUAAUAGUAUUCAAAUGAAUUCUUUAUUUCCUUUUAUAAAUAUAACAAUGAGAGAACAUAUUAAUCCUUUGGUAGAAUUUUAAAAGGAUAGUGUUAUAUUAUUCAACAUAAAAAAAUCUACUUAAACUAUUAAUGGAUAUUUCAUUCUGCAUUUUCUUUUCUAAAUACUGAAUUGUAUCACUUCUUCUGUUACUAUUUCUAGACUAAUUUGACGUUUUUCACUAUCAAUAUGUUAUUUUCUUUUCACUUAAACAAUGGCUAUCACUUUAUAUAUUCAAGUAAUCAAAAUUAUGAUUCUAAAGAUCAAUUGUGAUAUGAUUAAUAAUUUUUCUUUUAUAAGGCUUUACGAAGGUUUCUGCUAUUUUUAUUUUUCUAUUUGUUUUUAUGCAAGUGUUUAAUAUGUUCUCUUUCAAAUUAAUAUUUUCAGAAAGAAAAUAUCCUGAUUUCUUUUUAAUGUUUUUUUUCAAAAAAUAUAUUUCUAUUUCUUUAAAGCAUUUUUCUCUAUCCUUCAUUUGAUCUGGCCUUUUUGUGCACAAAUGUUAAUAAUUAUUAUCUUCCAAACUAGAAUACAGAGUUUUUUCAGUGCACUUGUUCUUAUCAAACUAUAAUGUAAUAUGCCAGUUAAAGGAUUUGAUUUAAAAAAAAACUUUGAACUCAAAAUGCUUAAUUUAAUACUUAUUAUGUUUAAUCAUGUAAAUGUAGCAAAGAAAAGAAUGUGGUAGUCUCAAAUAUUUUGCAUGUAGAUUUGUCAUUAGAUAUGAAUCCUGUUUCCAUACUUAAAAUUGCAUGCAUUUCUUUUAAGAAUUAAUGCUUGGUGGUUGGUGGAAUGUGUCACUCAUUAAUUAUACUGGGGAGAAAAAAUUUGGUUGUGUUCUCUCUUUCCUGUAUAUCUGACUGCAUUAGUGCAAUAUUGCAGUUGUUUGUCCUUUUGAGAUGAAUAAAACUGUUAAUAAGAAUA